CAUUAAAUAUAUCAAUUUGAAAUAUUGCCUUGCGUCGUUUCCAUGACAACAGAUCUCGUAAUAUCAAAACAAUGACCGCGAAUGGAUGCUUUAUCAGUUUUAUGCACAGUUAUGUUUCACAUAUCAAACAAGAAAUAAUACUAAAUACUUGUUAAUGUUUCACGUCUUUUUUUUAAUUUUCACUAUGUCUACAUUCAUAGAAAAUGUGCAUAUAAAGGAUGGAGAAUACACGAAAACAAUAUACUCCAUGAUAAAAGAACAGCGAUAUACAGAAACUAUUAAAGUUUUGCUAAAUCUUUUAGAGUCACAUCUUGAUUCUAGACCUUGUUUAUCCCUUCUGGCUCAUUGUUACUUUUACACGCAAGAUUUUAUAGCUGCAGCUCAAUGUUAUGAAAAACUGGUUCAGUUAUGUCCAGAAGAAAAUUUGUAUAAGCUUUAUUAUGCCCAGUCGUUACAUCAAGCUUGCAUGUAUCAGGAAGCGUGGACAGUCUGUGCAAGUAUCAUCAAUCAAAGUAAUUUAGAAUUUAAGGUAAGGAAAUUACAGGCAGCUAUAAAAUAUGGACAAGAAGAUAUGGUUGCUGCGAAAAAUCUCGUUGAUCAGUGCCCCGUCGAUGACGUCGAUACAGAAAUCAAUCUAGGAUGUCUUUUAUACAAGGAGGAGCAAUACGAGCAAGCUCUCAAGAGAUUUGCAAAUGCGUUACAAAUCGCUGGUUUCAAGCCUCAUCUAUCGUACAAUGUUGCUCUCUGCUAUUUCAAGCUGAAAGAGUACGCAGCAUCGUUAAAACAUAUAGCUAGUAUUAUCGAGCAUGGUAUAAGAGAACAUCCGGAACUAAGUGUGGGAAUGACUACUGAGGGUAUUGAAGUUCGAAGUGUCGGAAAUACAUUAACUCUGCACGAGACAGCUCUGACAGAGGCGUUCAACUUGAAAGCCGCCAUAGAAUACCAGUUGCAAAAUUAUGAUGCGGCAAAAGAGGCAUUAACGGAUAUGCCACCGCGUUCCGAAGAGGAAUUGGAUGCUGUUACCUUACAUAAUCAAGCAUUAAUAAAUAUGGACAUAAAACCAAGUGAGGGAUUCGAGAAGCUACAAUUUUUGCUACAGCAGAAUCCAUUUCCUCCUGAGACUUUUGCCAAUUUGCUACUUUUGUACUGUAAAUAUCAGUACUACGAUCUGGCUGCCGACGUUUUAGCUGAAAAUGUACAUCUAACUUACAAAUAUUUGACACCAUACUUGUAUGAUUUCCUGGAUGCAUUAAUAACGCAACAAACUUCUCCGGAGGAAGCAUAUCGCAAAUUCGACGAUCUGGCGAAUAAGCAUACAGAAACAUUGCGCAAAGCAACCAAGCAGGUUCAAGAGGCAAGAUUGAAUCAUGAUGAUAAUGCGGUGAAGAAGGCUGUAAACGACUAUGAAGAGGCCUUGGACAGAUACGUUCCCGUCUUGAUGGCGCAGGCGAAAAUUUAUUGGGAUCUGGAGAAUUAUACUCAAGUGGAAAAGAUCUUUAAGAAGAGUGUCGAGUUCUGUAACGAGAACGACGUCUGGAAAUUAAAUGUGGCUCACACACUCUUCAUGCAAGAGAAUAAAUUCAAGGACGCGACCCGGUUCUACGAACCGAUCGUCAAAAAGAGAUUCGACAAUAUUUUAGAUGUAAGCGCAAUAGUUCUUGCAAAUUUAUGCGUCAGCUACAUCAUGACUUCGCAAAACGCGGAGGCCGAAGAGCUGAUGAAAAAGAUCGAAAAGGAGGAAGAGGCGGUGUCCUUCGAAGAUCAGGAUAAGAAACUCUUUCACUUGUGUAUCGUAAACCUGGUAAUUGGAACGCUGUACUGUUCCAAGGGUAAUUACGAAUUUGGCAUUUCUCGAGUCAUGAAGAGUCUAGAGCCUUAUAAUAAAAAACUAGGCACUGACACCUGGUUCUACGCUAAGAGAUGCUUCUUAUCGCUUCUGGAGCAGCUGGCAAAACAGCUGGUGAUUCUAAAAGAUUCUACGUUGCAAGAAUGCAUCCAGUUCUUGGAACAUUGCGAGGUUUACGGUAAAGACAUAAUGACAGUGAUUGAUCAGCCAUUUGACAUACAAGAUAUGCUCAAUGUUUCACCUCAAGGUAAAAGAACAGUUGUUUACGAGGCAAGGUAUUUGAAAGCGUUAUUUCUGAAGUUACAAAUGUCUUAGAGUCAUAAAAAAAGAUAUCAAUAUGUAUGUACAUGUAUAUUAAU